CUGCUACACGGAGAGCCAUUCGUCUGAAAACGGAUUAACUGUGUUCGAUACUGGCUGUGCAAGUCCCCAGUCGUGUCAAUUACACCCCGAAGCUGAUGUGAGAACUCUACAUGGAGUGGACCCAAAUUAUCAUCGAUGCAUGGAGUGUUGUUCUUCUCAUCUUUGUAACAACCAGGGAUGUGGACAACCAGGAUAUCCCUUGAGUAGAGGCCCAGCCUGCUUUGACUGUCCACAAGUAUCAGAUCCAAUGCUUUGUGACAAACUAAAAGUUUGCGAAUUGAAUCAGGCGUGCUAUCUGCAGAGAGAACUAGAGUUUGGAGACGUGUACUACACAUCAAGGUGCAUCGAUAACCAUGCGUGUGUUUCGAGUGUUUCGAGUGUGGACAUUAUUGGAAAAAGAAUUAUUGAAAAAUGCUCAAAAUGCUGCCAGGAAGACUUAUGUAACAGCCAAUAUCUUUCUGGAACUUUAAUUUCCUCCACGAAACCAUUAGCUGUCUUUUCUGGAAAUCGGUGCCAGAGAUGGGUUGGAUUGUCAAAUGAUUGCAGUCAUAUGGUGACUCAGUUACCACCUAUUUCUAAAUUAGAUAGUCUAUAUGUUGUGCCUCCAUUUUAUAACAAUCGUAAGACAUUAAUUCAGGUAAUCAGUUUAAACCAGACGUUUGUCAACUGUAGCAUUGGACAAAACGUUUCAAGGUGGCAUUUAAAUGCACAGCAAUAUAAGAAUCUGGAGGUGACAAAUGAAAUAACAGCUUUAAUUUCAAAGUUGCCUGUUUUAGUGACUGGAUUUGGAAUGGGUAAUGGUGGUUUUAAUUCUUAUUUGACAGUCAUACCAGGAGUUAAUCAAUUUGUUGAUUAUUACAAAAUUACUGUACCCGCCGGAUAUAUGGAAAAUUUUAUUUCUGUGAUUAUUCCAGAAGAAUCAGCAAAUAACAUUCGAAUAAACGGCAGUACUUCUUAUCAGUAUAAGAUUGUAUAUCAGAACAACGCAGUGGUAGGGAAAACGUUCAAUGUUCGUACAUUUGAAGUUAAAAGUGGCGCAUGGGUUUUAAAUACAACAGACCGUUCCAAAUUUGGUCUUAUUGUUUUUGGACACCGCACCCAGGAUGGAUACGGAUUCGCAGGCAAUUUUGUCCUCCCCUGACGUUCACGACGUAUUGUACAUUCAAGUGAUUUGUACUAAAUUAUUUCUUAUUUUAAUAAAAGGAAAAUUUUUGUGUUUUGGUACUUUAAGUUAAUGCACAUAAAACAUUUUACCAU